CUCAAGCCAGCCGUUGACUUGUCUAGAGCACAUGAUCAUCGUGGGGCUUCUAGAUAAAACAGCGACCAACACCAACCAUAAAUGCCCCAAGAUGUGUCCAACCUUGCCCAUACCUUCUCCUCCAUUGCUCACAACGCUAGUCCACUCACUUCAACCAGUCCGCUCGCUUUAACCAGUCCGCUCGCUUGCAGUUUACCAACAACAUCACCAAGACCGCCACAAUGAAGUCCACAUUCGCCAUCAUUUCCCUAGGCGCAGCGAGCGCCAUCGCCGCUUCGGCCUCGGACUCGACUCCCGAGACCUACCUAGGCUGUUACUCUGCCAUUGAUGAGGGCAUGUUUGAGGGGCAGACAGAGCCUUUCAACUCGCACGGCCAGUGUGCCAAGGUGUGCCGCACCCAGGGGGCCGCCAUCGCCGUCCCGCGGGGCUCUGUCUGCCUCUGCGGCAAUACUGUGCCUGCUGCCAGCGCGCUCGUCUCUGAGGACAAGUGCAACAUCCCGUGCCCUGGCUUUGAUGCAGUGACCUGUAGCGGCGAGAACGCCUUCUCGGUUUUCAAGUCGGGUGUCAAGGUCGACGGCUCUGGUGAGGCGGAGGGCGAGACGUAUCCUGUUACUUACGUGAGCACUGAUGUCACUGGCUACACCACCACCAUCACCAACUACCCCGUCACCACCACCGCCUCGUCGCAGGUCGUCGUCACUACCACUGGCACGCCUUCCUCAGUCUUCUAUCCGACCGCCGGCAACGCCACGACCUCUGCUCCUCAGACAACCUCUUCCAUCCCUGUCGCUGGCGCUGUCUCUGCGCGUGUCCUGUCGGGUAGCGUUGGUGCUGGUGUGUUGGGUUUGGCUGUCGCUUACAACUUGUUCUAAGCUUGAAGAGCAAAGGCUACAACUUCCUCAUCAUAGCGCACUGGCAUACGCUAGUUUGUUGGUUUUGUCUCGACAACACUUUUCAUAGCAUAGCGUUAGCAUGUUCAUCAACAUGGGAUUUCUUACAUCCGA